GGAGCGGGCGGCGGCGGCGGCGGCGGCGGCGGCGGCGGCGGCGGCGGCGGCGGCGGCGGCGGCGGCGGCGGCGGCGGCAUGAUGAUGAUGGUGAUGAUGGACGUGAGCUUCAACCUGUCGGCGCUGCUGCCGCAGCAGGAGUUCGAGCGGCGCUUCGACGAGCGGGAGGCGCUGCAGUGGGUGCAGAACAACUGGUCCAAGACUUUCUCAUUUGCUGUGGCUUACAUGAUAGUGAUCUUCGGAGGCCAGCAUGUCAUGAAGGAACGGACAGGCUACAAGCUGCGCAAAGCACUGACUCUGUGGUCCCUCGGUCUGGCCUUGUUCAGUGCCAUUGGGACCCAUCGGACCUGGUCACACAUGGCCUACAUUCUCUCUACAGAGGGAUUUAGGCAACUGGUGUGUGGUCAAUCCUACUUCGUUAGCUCCACCACCAAGUUUUGGGCCUAUAUAUUUGUGCUGAGCAAAGUCCUGGAACUGGGUGACACUGUGUUCAUUGUUCUCCGGAAAAAGAGGCUCAUCUUCCUCCACUGGUACCACCACAUUGUUACAAUGAUCUACAGCUGGUUUGCCUAUAAGCAGCUAGCACCAGGCAGUACCUUGUUUGCUAGCAUUAACUUUGCUGUCCAUACUUUCAUGUACUCCUACUAUGCCAUGCGAGCAGCAGGCUUUUGGGUACCCUCGUACAUCGCCAUGGCAGUCACCUUUUCACAGAUUCUGCAGAUGGUGGUAGGUGUGAUAGUGAACAUCUUACUCUUGUUCUGGUUGGAGAAAGAGAUCUUACACGACACCUCGUUAUGUAUUUUUUUUUCAUUCGUGAUGUACCUCAGUUACUUCGUGCUCUUCUGCAACUUCUUCUUGAAGACUUACCUGAAAAAUGCCAAGAAAUCAAAGGGGGAAUAAAACUGGGGAGGCAGAAGGUGGCUGGGGUGAUGGGAGGGGGAUGGAAAAGGGAAAUUUUUCAUUCCUGUCUGGAGCUCGGUGCCUGAUGGGACUGGUGUGGUGAGGUUUAGGAGGAAGUCACUCUGGAUGAAAGCCUUCAGAUGAACUUGUGCAUUGGCCUUUGGUGUGUCUGCCUUGAAAUGGGUGAAUCAUCAGAGUAAGGUGCGGCUUGUCUCAGGCUGAUGGUGUGAAGAAAAGGAGAAAGUAGAGGUCUCAAAACUGUGAUUCUGCUUUUUCUAUGCUGUUUCCCUUUUCCAUGCACCAGUCAGGUUUGCAAUGUGCGUUGCAAUCCUGAGUGACUGCUUGGAUCCUGCAUGGCGCAAGUUUCUUCUUGGGAAAAGGUGGGGGAACUACUCAAAAAAGCACCAACUGCUCUGUGGUCCCCCAUUCUGGGAGAGUAGAGGAGAGCAGAGCCCAAACCUUGCUGCUGUGUGUGCCAGGGAGCCCCCACAGGGCGUGGGGUGAGAGAAGGUGUCAGUGGGAACAGUGCUGAACUGGAGAAUCCCUGCUGCCUUUAAAGCUGUGUAGGGAGGGAGAACAGGAGUGCCUUUUUCACCACGGUUCCUAAGGAGCCCAAACCUCUAAGGCUUUUUGAGAGCUCUUCCCCUUCAAACCAGCCACCGCCUUCUGGCAGAUGUGAUGCUUCCUGAUUUACGGUCAUCCCUUGCCGACCAAGGGCUGUCCCUGCUGGCACCUGCCUAUGCUGCACAGGUAGCAGAAGGCCGGCAGGACAUGCUGGGAGGAGGCUUGCAUCCCGCAGCCCCACGAGGGGCUCAGCGGGGUCCUUCCCAAGCGCCACACUCACCUGAGCUCACCAGGAGGGCCCUGGGUGAAGAGCUGAGCAAUGGGGCCCCAGCAGCCAAAUCCCAGCCUCUGUUUGCAAAAGCACAAAACUUUCAGCUGAGAAAGCAACAUUACAAAUGCGGACCGUACCAAAGCAAUACCCUGGGCUCGUGCCUUACUUAACCUGAAGUAAAUGCUAAACCUGUUGAUACCAGUUUAAAUGUUAACUCCUGCACUGCUGGUCCAGCUAGGCACUUCAGGGCAAUGGGCUUAUCCAGCAAGGAGUGCCAGAGCUCUGCCCUGGGUCUCCCUUCGUCUUUCUCACCCGCUCUGGCCGCUGCUACCUGCUGCAGCAGGACCUUUGCUCAGCUCCAGCACAGGGCUCUGCAGCACAGUGAACCGUGUUCAGAAUUAGGUAAAUUUUAAUGGCCGUUAUAUUGAGUCUGUCAUUUAUAUGAUAUUAAGCAAUGUAUUUAACUUGACUACCUGCUGCCUCAAGCCUCGGGAGUUGAGCAGAGUCCAGGUCUGUCUUACCUGCAGAGCACCUACGGUCUUGCCUACAGUCGCAGCGAGGGCAUAGCUCUGGGGGUGGAGGUUGAAGGCCUGGGGCCUCUGCAACAGCUUGGCUGCAGAGACAGCAGCUAGGCAACAAAAUACGAGGGUCCCAGAGCCAGGCCAAAAACUCUUCUCACUGUGCGUUUGAGAACUGCUGCUGUGUGACAUGUAAAAAUGAUUAAUAAAUGUGGUCAGGCAUGGGCGA